UCGCUACCUUGUUUGUACCCGCAUUGGUCAUGAUGGUAGUCUAAGGUCUAGAGUCAAUUUGGGACCAUGAUGGACAACAAUGAUGUAUAAAACCGCGCAUCCCCACGUCGCUUUGCAACAAGGACUAGGGAGCACGACCAUUUCACUUGUUCAACAUGGCUGAAUCACACAUUUCGUCAUAUUCGCAAAGCCCGCAAAGCCUGGACACACCUCUCAUGGUGCAGCUAGCUAGGAAGAUUACUGAAGAGACGGAAAAACUCGAUGGGUAUUUCAAGGCUAAUGGUCUUCAGGACUUGGGUUUCGAUGUCAAUGCCCCUGGAGAUCUCCCCAAGUUGCCGGAUGAUAUACAGAGAAGUCGCAUGGAGAUCUCCUCUGCAACCAAACAGCUCGAGCUUCUUGUUCGGGGACCCAGAGAAACUGUCAGAUGGGGUAUAUGGAGUUAUCUUGACACCUUGAGCCUCCAAAUACUGAACAGCUACGGAAUUCCCAAUCUCGUACCUCUGGAGGGAUCUAUUGCUUUGGCGGAACUCCAAAGCAAGACUGGACUGGACCGCAUAAACCUGGCUCGCGCUCUUCGUCAUGCUAUGACGAAUAAGAUUUUCCAAGAGCCGGCAUCAGGGUUCAUAGCACACACUGCCGCGUCAAAGAUGCUUGCUCAGGACGCCAGUCUCCAAGCCUGGGUAGGGUUGAAUGGAGAGGAUUUCCUACCAGCUGGGGCUCAUACCUUGGAAGCUCUUCGUGCCGACCCAGAAGCGACCUCACUCACACGGACCGGCUUCAACCAUGCAUGGGGGACGGUGGAUAAAGAACCAAUGUUUGCAACAUUCGGCAAAGACCCUCCCAGAGGAAAGCGAUUUGCAGCGGCUAUGGCAAGCUUGACAGGCGGCGAGGGCUAUGAGGUUCGCUACCUCGUCGAUAACUACGACUUUUCCGAAAUCAAUAACAACAAAGGCACAUUGGUGGACGUCGGUGGCAGUCAUGGCUUCGUGUGCGUCGAUCUUGCCAAGAAAUGGGAUAAAAUGAAAUUUGUGGUACAAGAUUUAGCAAAGACAAUCAGCAGCGCCCCAGAGCCGAUAUGCGCAGAUGAAGAGGUAGCUCAACGCAUAUCUCUUCAGGUCCAUGACUUCUUUACUGAGCAGCCAGUCAAGGAUGCCGAUGUGUACUACUUCCGCUGGAUACUUCAUAACUACUCAACCCCAUAUGCCGUCAAGAUCCUCAAAAACUUAGUCCCAGCUCUCAAACCGGGUGCGCGUGUCAUCAUCAACGACCAUUGUCUCCGUGAGCCGGGGGCUGAAAACCACUGGGAUGAAAAAGUCAUGCGGAGUAUGGAUCUGUUGAUGUUGACCUUGUUGAAUGCACAAGAGCGGACAGAAAAGGAGUUUGAAGAACUCUUUAGGGCUGCCGAUGAGCGCUUCGUCUUCAAGGGUGUAAGCAGGCCUGAGGGAUGUAGGAUGAGCAUUAUCGAGGCAGUUUGGCAGCCUUGAAUGGCAAUGACGUGUUUGAGCAGCAACGAUUUUCGACGAAGGAGAUGUUAAUAAAGACAUUAGUGCACAGGAAUGAUAUAGGGCAAGGGAUGUAAAGAGGGACUGCCUGGAUCCCCGAAUGUUUGGUACUGAAUGAUAGACUCGGGAAUCCGCGAAUAGUUGGAUUACCAACUUCGGAGUAGCUUCCAUGUAGUCAAAUAAUAGCCAGUUCUUGUACCAAGGCGUAAUUGGUUUAGUGGUA